GUGGGCCCAAUCGGACCACAAGUUCCCCCUCUCCUUCCACUCUUCCCAGUAAUCCUCCGUUGGGAAGAUUUAAGAGAACACGGACGAAAUUUAUCAAGAAGAAUUUGGAUUCACUUCCCGAAAUCCUAUGGAAAUAUAUCAAGAAGAACUUGGAUGUUGCUUUUGACCUGCAAUGCCUACUUGGAUUCAAGAAUCCAGUUAAUGCCCUAACACGGACUCCUCCAUUGAAGGAGGAUUCAAGUUUUGGGGCCAAGAUUUUCGGAGCAGCUUGUUUGGUUCUUAGAAGCCGCCGGAAAGUUUUGAGGUCCAUCUUGAGUCCGUUCCCAAUUCUUGAACCCUACUUUCCUAGGCUACUCGCAAAUGCGAGGAGGACCUGCCUCCGAUGGGAAAGACGAUUAAUUAGCAGGGGGGAUUUGUAUGGAUUCGCCGUUGUUGACUCUGUUUAUCGCUCUUUUAUUUGGGUUCUGUGCUUUCAUGGUUGAGGCGCAACAAAAUGCGAAUCACCCGCCUGAAAUUUCACUCCCUCCUCCGCCUCCCCACCCCGAAUCACCGCCGCCGCCUUUUACUCCACCACCACCAUCAUGGUCGCCACAUCCAUUCUCUCAACUUCCACCACCUCAAUUACGAUCAUCACCACCUCCUCGCUCCCUUUCACCACCACUGCUAAGGAAACCCCACCGCCAUAGUAAUCAUAAUUUGCAUACAAAAUUGAGCCCCCCACCGAAAAAAGAGAACCUUAACAAGGAGAAGAUAAUCGGGUUAAUGUUCGUCGGAGUUGCUGCGAUAUUACAAGUGUGCAUUGUAGCGUUCUUGUUGAUUAGGAGAGGGCAACUCUUAAAAGGCUGAAAAGGGCUAUUAAAAGAAGCAGAACAAUGGACUUGCUGACUUGCUGUUAGAUUAUAUUCUUCUUGGUACAUCAUGCUUCACUGUCUGGAUGAAGAUUCUUUACUCUUGGCUUGACAGUUGACAGAUGAGGGUUGAAUGAACUGAGGAUUGACCAAAAGUUGGUGUCUGAUUCACUUACCUGAUUUUACUGGGGUAAAGACAUCUUUUUGUUCUUUUUCUUCCCUGUGCUUUCUUUGACAUUCUACUGUGUACAUUGCUUGAAAGAUUUGGGGAACACUAUAGUUUUCAUUCUCUGAAAAGAGAUCAGUUGAUUCACUUUGUUGACCAAGACUUGAAAGAACCAUUAUAAGCAGAGAUAGUGAACAAGGGAUUGAGAGUGUAGGGGCGUAAGGUAAGGAAAGUGGCUGUCACGGAGGAAGACAAACCGCAGCAUAAGCAGAGCUAAAAAGCUAAUAUACAUCAGAGAAAGCCAGGUGUGAAAGAAGAAUCACUUGAAGAUGAAGCAUUUUCUCUUUUUAGUGUUUCUUAAGAGACUGACCUGCACUCAUUCUGGACUGCUCAACUAUUGAAGGGGGAGUCUACUAUACCAACACAAGAGUGUGAUGUUAGUGUUGCAAGUUUAGUCACUAUAAGUGUCUAUGAUUUGCGUUUAUUAUUUUCCAAGAGUGUUUAUGGUCGUUUGAGUUACACUAACUUCACCUAUAAUUUGAGUAUAGCUUCUAUGGGAGAAGCUCAUUUGAGCAGAAUUUGUUGUUUCUGAAGAUGGUGAAAAAGACAGACUCUUGUGGUAUAUUGAUGACUAAAUGCUGUAGUCGUGGUGUUCUCCUCGGCCUAUAUUUCCUAUUUAACUUUCUACCCUCAUGAAAAGAAAAAGAAUACCCUCUACACACCCGAAGAUCAGAGUUCAGGUAAAAGCUCUCUGCCUCUUAAUAAUUUACCAAGUAUUGGGUGUUUGGAGUCUUUUGAUUUCGUUGUAGCCCUCUUGGACUUGGGAUAUUUUCAUCUCAUCAAUGUUGUUGAUGCUCUAUAAAUACAUUGCAGUUCUGGUACAACGAUUCUGUAUGAGAUGUUUGAAUUUGAAAACUAAUUUCAUUUUCAAUUCCACUCAAUAAUCCGCCAAAUAAAAAAGGAAUAGGCAAAGAAUUAAAAUAGUUUUGGUUAUUAUGCAUUGCCUGUGCCUUUAUUCGAGGCAUAUGAAACGUAGUUUUUACCGAGCAAUUUCAAUCGAAGAUGUCCCAAUUUAGGACUCAUCAUUUCGAUAAAUAGAAUGGCAUCCGAAGAAACAUUCUGCUGCAAUGAUCACACCACUGCCAUAUUUUAACUCAAUUCAAACCUCAAUUUAGGACUCAUCAUUUCCAUAAAUAGAAUGAGAUCCGAAGAAACAUUCUGCUGCAAUGAUCAUCACCACUGCCAUAUCCACUCAGAACAAACCUCAGCCAAAAGGGAACUCCUCAAGUCCACAAAAUAUUUUAAGUCUUCUUAAUUGAAGGGCUGCAAAUGGUAUCAUGGAUACCUUUUCCCCUUCUAGCUGUCAGCCCUGUCUUGUUCUGCACUUCCUUCUCCAUAGCCAUGUGCUGCUCUUGGACCACCUCUUUGUUACUUGGCUACUUGCUAAAUAUGGGUGCAAAUUCUUAGUAGUAACAAACUAAUCAGAUACAGUUUAGUGCGGAAUCCAUCAUCAUUAUGGCCUUUAAAUACCACCAACUCAAGAUAAGACAACAGUGUUUGCAUGCUAUAAUUUGCUUACAUUGGCCAGAGAUCAGCAGCAAUUGUAACAUGCAAAUAAUAUUUGUUAAGUUUUUAGUUCUUUUGUUCUCAUGUCUUUCUUGUCAUUAAACUAUGCUUUAGGUACUGUAUGUUAUGGGGAUCAAUCUAAGUAUCUUGCUUACUUGGAGGAAAAGGAAUAUUUCUAUCACUUUCUUGCUCGAUAAACUUGAAGAUGAGACAACCUACACUCCAGUGUGUGGAGUUCUACUUCACUAAAGAGUUAGUGGUUCUCAUUGCACAUCAAAUGCACAUCGACUUUUCAGCUUUUGCAACUGCAAUUAAUAAAAAAAGUCUCAACGUUCUAUAUAAACCAACCAAAAGCAGAACUUUCCAUGCGAACCAUAGAACCAACUACGCAAGCAGAAAACAUGCUUAAAACAAUCCUACUAUCGUUCUUUCUCCUUGUCAUCACCUGCAAUGCUGCUGUGCAGGACUUCUGCGUGGGAGACCUCAAGGCUCC